CAAAACACAAGAGAGACACCUUUGAGCCCAUUUUAGCCUGGUCGAUCCAUUUGAAGUUCAACUUUUGGUGCGAAGCGCAGCUGGACAAGCGCCUCUUAUGGUCUUGUUUGACCCAACCGGACGAGCAAGAUUCGCCAGGUCAAAGAAGAGUUGACUUUCUCCUCGGUAUGUGUGAGUCCGGCGUGUGGAGAUAGAGCAGACGUGUGUGCGGGUGCGUUCAGCGGAGGCAGAAGCUGAGGAAGAGGAGGAUGACUUUGGGGGCGGAUAUGUCCGACAGCUCUGCAUUGUCCGAGGAUCUGGACAUCGACGUGGUCGGGGGUGACAUAUCCGUAGGAAAGGACGGACAGUUCAUCCACGAGUUCCACUUGGACAAUGACUCGGACGACAAUUACUCUCAGAACGCCGCCGACAGCUCCCCGGGACUCGGCCAGGCGGAGCAGAUGGGCUCCGGCGGAGAUGCCGGGGGUAUGGCGGGAGACAAGCCCAGGAAGAACGCUCUGGUCAAGCCGCCGUACUCCUACAUCGCCUUGAUCACCAUGGCGAUCCUCCAGAGCCCCAAAAAGAGACUGACUCUCAGUGAAAUCUGCGAGUUUAUCAGCAACAGAUUCCCGUACUACCGGGAGAAGUUCCCCGCCUGGCAGAACUCCAUCCGGCACAAUCUGUCUCUCAACGACUGCUUCGUGAAAAUCCCACGGGAGCCUGGCAACCCCGGGAAGGGCAACUACUGGACCCUGGAUCCGGAUUCGGCAGAUAUGUUCGACAACGGGAGCUUCUUGCGCAGGAGGAAGCGGUUCAAGCGGCACCAGGCUAACGAAAUCCUGAGGGACUCUGGCGGGUUCAUCCACGGGUUUGGAUACGGCCCUUACGGAUACAGCUAUGGACUUCAGCUGCAGAACUUCCACGCAGCCCACAGUCCGUACCACCCACCUGCUGGCUCGUUCCCCUUCUCGGGCGCGCCAUGCACCUUACCCUCAUCCAUAUUCCCUGCGCCGCAUCCGCUUCCGCUGGCCGCAGAUUUACGCAAACCCUUUUACGCACAGCUCAGCCCGAGCUUGCCGCCCCUCAAAACAGACUCCAGUCCUCCCAGUAGACCUUCCUUCUCCAUCGACAACAUCAUCGGGGCUGGGAAUUCCACCGCCUCCUCCUACAGCGCGCAGCCGGCCAGUCAAGCGCAGAUCCUGGCCAUGCUGACCCCGAAUCACCUGAGCCUCACACCGGACAGUGUCCUCACCGGACCGCAGACAUUUCCCAGCAAGAGCCCAAACAUGAGCACAUGUCCGUUCUAGCCAGUAGAUUUUGUUUUAACGUUGUGGCUGCAGGAAGGUAGGCCGAGCAGAUAAGAUUUAUUUAUAUGCUGUACAUAAGUGCAUCGUUCGGAGAACUCAGAUUCUCUUUAUGGAACGGUGUGAUUUGGACUUCGCCGUAGAGCUACAAGUGGAACCCCGUGGAAGGGUUUCAAGGGUUUGUGUUGAUAUUUCGUGCAGAGUGGCGCAGAUGAAUGGCAGACAUGCAAACUCAGGUUACACUAAAAAGCACACAGUUCAGAUUCUUCUUAUUUUCCCUUUGCAUUCCUCUGUACUUUCGGGUAAGAAAUACAAAGACGUGUAAAAAAAGGACAGUAAAACUGAACUCAGAUUUCAUGGAGAAAUUAGAUUGAGUCAAAUGACACACACACACACACGUACACACACACACUCACACAGCUGUGACACUAAAUAUAAAGAUAUAUAUAUAAAUAUAUAUUUUGACUGUUGGUGAAUUCAAUGUCUUCAACUUCAAUUCCCAUUUUGUUGUGGAACGUGUGGUUCAUGUCAUGUGUCAAUAGCAAG